AUGAAGGUCGUUACCAAGGACGAGGAAAAGGCCCACUACGACGCCGUCCUGCGUGGCGGCUUCAUCGGCGGUGCGGCUGGCCUUGCAGUCGGCCUGCUCGGUCUCACCGCGGCCUCGCGCCGCUAUGCCGGCGUCCGCAACCUGACCCUGCCUUUCCGCGCCUUCCUCGUCACCUCGGCGACCUCGGCGUCCGCCAUCAUCGUCGCCGAGCGCAACUCCAUUGCCUUUGCCCGCUCCCGGGACUCCAUGUACGGCUACCAGGACGCGUCGCAGCGCGCGGUCAGCGAGCUGCGCAGCAGCGAGUCCGGCAAGGACAAGACGCUGCAGUGGGCGCGCGAGAACCGCUACUCCAUUGUCAUGUGCAGCUGGGCCGCCUCGAUCGGCAUCGCCCUGGCCCUCGUCGGCCGCAACAAGUACCUGACGACCGCCCAGAAGGUUGUCCAGGCACGUGUGUACGCCCAGGGCCUGACGCUGGCCGUUAUCCUGGGGACGGCCACGCUCGAGAUGAGCGACGCCAAGUCGGGCAAGGGCCGCUGGGAGACGGUCAAGGUCGUCGACCCCAACGACCCGGAGCACAAGAAGCUGAUUGAGAAGCGCAUCCACAAGGAGGAGUACGAGGGCCAGGACUUGUGGAUGGACAUGGUCGCCGCCGAGGAGCGUCGCCUGGCCAAGUCCAAGGAGCAGAAGGAGGCCAAUGCCAAGGCCGCGCCCGCUCCCUCGGCCAAACAAGACAACAAAGUUGGUGUUCCCGCUGAGAAUUGA